AUGGGCCGCUGGCUGCGCUGCUGCUGUCGGGGCAAUUCCUGGACGCGCGGUGGGUCUCUCAUGUUCACGUUGGCGGUGCUGAUGUCAAACCCGCUAGCCGAAGAAUCCUGUAAAUGCAAUGGCUGGAAGAACCCCAACCCGCCUCCCACGCCGCCCCGGGCAGAGCUGCAGCAGGCGGUUGUCAGCCUCGCCGAACCCUGCCGCAGCUGCAGCCACGCGCUGGCUACUCAUGUUUCUCACCUGGAGAAUGUGUCUGAAGAAGAAAUGAAUAGGCUCCUGGGGAUUGUAUUGGAUGUGGAGUAUCUGUUCACCUGUGUCCACAAAGAAGAAGAUGCGGACACCAAGCAAGUUUAUUUCUACCUGUUCAAACUUUUGAGGAAGUGCAUUUUACAGAUGGGAAAACCUGUAGUAGAAGGAUCUUUGGAAAGUCCCCCAUUUGAGAAACCUAGCAUUGAACAGGGUGUGAAUAAUUUUGUGCAGUACAAAUUUAGCCACUUGCCCUCAAAGGAAAGGCAAACGAUAGUGGAACUGGCUAAAAUGUUUCUGAACCGCAUUAACUACUGGCACCUGGAGACACCUUCUCAGCGAAGACUAAGAUCACCCAAUGAUGAUAUUGCGGGGUAUAAAGUGAAUUAUACCAGGUGGCUUUGUUAUUGCAAUGUCCCUCAGUUCUGUGACAGUCUACCUCGGUAUGAAACCACCCAGGUUUUCGGUAGGACAUUGCUUCGCUCUGUUUUUACUGUAAUGAGACGGCAACUGCUGGAGCAGGCCAGGCAAGAAAAAGACAAGCUUCCUCAAGAGAAACGAACACUAAUCCUCACCCAUUUUCCAAAGUUUCUGUCAAUGCUGGAAGAAGAAGUAUACAGCCAGAAUUCUCCCAUUUGGGAUCAGGAUUUCAUGGUGUCUAGUUCCCGAACUGGCCAGCUGGGAAUCCAGACGGUUAUCAAUCCUCCUCCUGUUGCAAGAUCUGUUUCAUACAGUGCAAGUCCUUCAUCUCUGGAGCAACCCAACAGCGGCAGUAUGAGUCCUGCUUGCAAAGUUUCUUCUGCCCUUGACCCAAACCUAGGGGAAAAGAGAAAAAAUAAUGAACCCUAUUCUCUGGAGGAUUCAAAAAGACCAAGGGUUGUAGGAGAUAUUCCUAUUGAAUUAAUCAAUGAAGUAAUGUCAACAAUUACAGAUCCUGCAGCAAUGCUCGGGCCAGAGACCAACUUCCUCUCAGCGCACUCAGCCCGGGAUGAGGCGGCGAGGCUGGAGGAACGCAGGGGGGUGAUCGAAUUCCACGUGGUCGGCAACUCCCUGAACCAGAAGCCCAACAAGAAGAUCAUGAUGUGGCUUGUCGGUUUGCAGAACGUGUUCUCCCAUCAGCUGCCUCGAAUGCCGAAGGAGUACAUCACACGCUUGGUUUUUGAUCCGAAACACAAGACCCUUGCAUUAAUAAAAGAUGGUCGUGUUAUUGGUGGUAUCUGCUUCCGGAUGUUCCCCUCCCAAGGAUUUACGGAGAUUGUUUUCUGCGCUGUGACUUCCAAUGAGCAAGUCAAGGGUUAUGGGACUCACCUAAUGAACCAUCUGAAGGAGUACCACAUCAAACACAACAUUCUCAACUUUCUCACGUAUGCAGAUGAAUAUGCUAUUGGCUACUUCAAAAAACAAGGUUUCUCCAAAGAUAUUAAAGUACCAAAAGCAAAAUAUGUUGGCUACAUCAAGGAUUAUGAGGGUGCCACAUUAAUGGGAUGUGAAUUAAAUCCAAGGAUCCCCUACACGGAAUUUUCUGUCAUUAUUAAAAAGCAAAAAGAGAUCAUUAAAAAGCUCAUAGAAAGGAAACAAGCUCAGAUACGAAAAGUUUAUCCUGGUCUUUCUUGCUUCAAAGAUGGAGUACGGCAGAUUCCUAUAGAAAGCAUUCCUGGAAUUAGAGAGACUGGCUGGAAACCAAGCGGAAAAGAAAGAGGUAAGGAGCCCAAGGAUCCUGAUCAACUUUACAGCACGUUAAAAACCAUUCUGCAGCAGGUGAAGAGCCAUCAAAGCGCUUGGCCCUUCAUGGAACCUGUGAAGAGAACAGAAGCUCCUGGAUAUUAUGAAGUUAUAAGGUUUCCCAUGGAUCUCAAAACAAUGAGUGAGCGACUCAAGAAUAGGUACUACGUGUCUAAGAAAUUAUUCAUGGCAGACUUGCAGCGAGUCUUUACAAAUUGCAGAGAGUACAACCCCCCCGAGAGUGAAUACUACAAAUGUGCCAAUAUACUGGAGAAAUUCUUCUACACAAAAAUUAAAGAAGCUGGAUUAAUUGACAAGUGACACUGUCUUUUUUACAACCAAUCAGUGUGCCUACUUUAUGGGCAGGGGAAGCCAUUAUAUAUCUGAGUUGUGGGACUUUAAGGUUUCAAGAAACUUCUGUUUAAUACUUAGCACUUUUAAAAACCCUUUUAGUUUUGCAAACAUGUAUUAUACUGAAGUUACAAAAAAUAUUUUAUUAAAAUGCUUUAUAAUGUAUUUAAUUACGGAAAAUUUCUUUUGUGUGCCCAUUACCGUAUGUUCAUAAUAAGUUUAUCAGCUACAGCCUCAGAAACCCCACAAAACAUGUGGGAAAUUGCACAUGUUUGGGAAUAUGAAGAAAAUUCCCAGACAACAGACGUUAUAGCUUACCUAAUGCAGUACCUAUUUGAUAAAGUUUUAUUAUUUU